AUGAAUAGUGAUUCAAUUAAUUCGACAAAUAUAUCUAAUAUGAAUCUAGACAAUUUAUCUAUAUCUAGAAGUCAUACGAAAUUUGUUUUGGGUUGGGCCUUUCAAGAGAAUCUAAAAGUUAAUCAGAAGGAAUCAGUAAAACGAUUAACUGAGCAAGUAAAAAAACUUUUAAGAGGAGAAAUUCAACAACAUGAUAUACCAAAGGUGUCUACGAUAGCUAAUUAG